GUCCAGAAGAUCAAGGAGAUCGAGGAUGAGAUGGCCAAGACGCAGAAGAACAAGGCCACGUCCUACCACUUGGGCCAGCUCCGCGCCAAGCUUGCGAAGCUGAAGCGCGAGCUCAUCAUGCCCUCGGGCGGUGGUGGAGGUGCAGGCAUUGGCUUCGACGUGGCCCGCACGGGUAUCGCCAGUGUGGGCUUCGUGGGGUUCCCGAGUGUGGGCAAGAGUACGCUCAUGUCCGGCCUGACCGGCACGACAUCGGAGGCCGCCGCGUACGAGUUCACGACGCUCACCACGGUGCCGGGCACAAUGACGGUGCACGGCGCCAAGCUGCAGAUUCUCGAUCUGCCCGGUAUCAUUGAGGGCGCCAAGGACGGCAAGGGUCGUGGUCGGCAGGUAAUUGCUGUCGCGCGGACAUGCAACUUGAUCUUCAUCGUGCUGGACGUGUGCAAGCCGCUGAAAGACAAGUCGAUUCUGGAGAAUGAGCUGGAGGGCUUCGGCAUCCGGUUGAACAAGCGGCCGCCGAACAUCGUCGUGCGCAAGAAGGACAAGGGCGGCAUCACCAUCACAAACACUGUCCCCUUGACGCACUGCGACCACGACGUCGUCCGCGCCGUGCUCUCCGAGUACAAGAUGAGCAACGCCGACGUGGCCUUCCGCCAGGACGCUACUGUCGAGGACCUCAUUGACGUGCUGGAGGGCAACCGCAUCUACAUUCCUUGCAUCUACGUGCUCAACAAGAUUGACUCGAUCACGAUCGAGGAGCUCGACCUGCUGUACCGCAUUCCCAACUCGGUGCCCAUCUCGAGCAAGAUGUGGCUCAACAUCGACGAGCUGACGGAGCGGAUGUGGACGGAGCUGCGCCUUGUCCGCGUCUACACAAAACCCUCGAAGCAGCCGCCAGACUACUCGCAGCCAGUCGUGCUGCGUGAGGGCAAGUGCACGGUCGAGGACUUUGCCAACUCGAUCCACAAGGAUAUCGUGUCGCAGUUCCGCAUUGCCAUGGUCUACGGCGCCAGUGCCAAGCACCCGCGAGGGCAGCGUGUGGGCCUCGACCACGUGCUGCAGGACGAGGACGUUGUCACCCUCUACAAGCGGUGAAGGCGCCCUCUGCCAUACUUUCGUCGCCGGUCGAAUAAUGACAAUUUCACGCAAACAGCGCGCGAGGCGGGCCCGAGACGUCUAGGUACAUGGUUUACUUGCUGAGGAGGGUAGAGGGAUGAAGGACAGCGGGCGCAGGGACAGAGUGGUUCGACGGCGCAUGAGGGAGCUCAGGUGAGGCAAUUGCAAGG